UGUCAACAGGCUGAUUAAAGGUAGACUAGUCAUGAUGCUUCUUGGAAUUAAAUAUACUAAUCAGAUUCUGAGCUUAGCAGACAGAAAUAGAAAAAGAAGUGGAACAAGACUGUGGACAUUGCUCCCUCUUUUAUCUUUAAUUUUAAUUAGGUAAUCUGAUUGAUUAAGACUUUUCAGACAAAGCUGACCUUUUGUAUCCACUGGGUAGUUUAGUUGUUAUUUUUAUUAUCUGUUUUAGCUGUAAAGAGUUAAAUAACUGGUACUCCUUUAUUUCUUCAGUGAUUUGAAGGAUAUGUAUGUACUGCAUAUCAUUGCUGACUGGGUUUGACGGUACAGAAGGGGAAAACACAGAUGACACAGAUGCCCUUGGUUCUUAGAAAUGAGUAGAAAAAAAAGAAAAAGCUGCAAGAGCAGAAAGAGCUCUGAUUCCAGAGAAUAUACACAGUUGUCACCCAUUUGUAAAUGCCAGCAAAGUGUAGGAAGCCUUGAAAAUAAAGCACAUGAGACUCUGUCUCACUUCACAGAGCCACUGGAUGUAAAGAGUGCUGAAGAAGAUGGAAAAGGUCAUGAAAACAAGAAUCAGCGUAGCUCAGAUGCUUCUGAAGAUAGAGACCUUGAUAAUGUAUCACACAGUAAAAAAGAAGGGAAGAAGGAAAAGAACUGCCCUCCUAAAACAUUCUCAGCUCAGCAAGAUGAAAUUCUAGCUACAGUAACUUUUGGUGAGUCAGAGGGCUCAUCCAAAGGAAAAAUUACACUGUGGGGCAAGCCAGAUUCUUCAGACUCUGUUAGUUUGGCCACUGGAAAAAUUUCUGCAGAAGUAAAAUAUGGCUCUUUUAAUGUGAAAGUAGAAAUUAAGAAUAUUUCUUUGUUUGAUUCUGGAACAAAAGUUGUGGAUGAAAAAAGGAAAAGUUCAAAGAACAAGAAACGUCAUGAAAGAAAAAGCCAGAAAAGUCAGUGUUCAGAAUGUUCAAAGUACCAGUGCCCUUCAAUUGACCAUUCAGAAGAACACAGGGGGAAAUACAAGGGAUCCUCUAAACAUAAAAUUCAAACUGCCAUCAAUGAAAGUGCCUCCCUGGAAAUGAACAUUGAAACAAAAGACAUUCAGGUGGAAUAUACCAGCAGAAAGAAAAAUCUGAAGGUUAACCUCAAAGCUGCUGAGCAGGCACAGAGCCAACCACUCAACAGGGAACAGGAAGAUACAUAUUGGAGUGAAACAGAUUAUUCUGUAACGGAGACAUUGUGUAACACAGACUGUGAGUCAUCAUUUAGCUUUCAUGAAAAAACAGAUUAUACAUUCCCAGAUGGAUAUACACUUCUCCCUCCACCAAAAGAAUUUGCUGACUGUGACAAACUGCACCUGGAUACAAUCACAGAAGGUGUAUCUUUGUACCCUGUUAAUAGCAGAAAGGAAUCUGACGGUCUCAGUACAGCCUUGAGCAUUUGGGGGGAAGAAAAUUAUUUCUGUAAACUUAACACAGAGGACUAUGAAGACCACAUCAAUGAAAAGGAAGAUUUUUCAAAGGACAAAAUGCUUUUCUCAAAAAUAAGUAAUACUAAUUGUCUUGUAGCUAUUAAUACCUUGCAUAACCCAAACAGUGGGAAAGAAUGUGUUAGUAAAAGCAACGUAUCAGGUCAAGAAAGAAGUAACUGUGACAAACACAGAGACACAGGGCCAAGAACAGCAAGAAGAAAGUCUUUCCCAGAUACUACCCUCGAGGUACCAUCACCUGUUCACCCUAGAAGGGAUUCUGGCUUUUACUCACUGCCAUCCUUAAAUGUAUUGCUUAAGGAGACCAAAGCAGGAGAUACCCAUAACAGGAAUUUAUAUAUUCCUACCAAAUAUAAAGAGUUUUGUAAGUGUCCUGGCUUGACCUCUUCUUUGACAGAGCUUUGCAAGUGUCCUGACUUGUCCUCCUCGCUGAGAAAUUUGAGAAGUCUUAAGUCUUCAUAUCAGUAUGCUUUCACAUUGUUUGAUCAUAAUAUUACCAUUUAUCCAUCUGAGCCUGAAGAAGAUGGCUGUCUAGAUGGCACUUGUUUACUGAAUGACUGUGCAGACUGUGUGGGGCAAGAUGAAGGAACAGAAGAAACAUUAAUGGAGAGUCUUCAUUCCAGUGAUACUAUACACGAAAAAAAAGAAAAUGGCCAUGAAGAGCCUCUGGGAAACCUAUCCAUGUGGGAGGAAGGCUCUGAGUCUACUGAAGCUUUAGAUAAAGAGAAAUCAGAAUACAACUCUAUAGAAAAGCAUGUUGAAUGGCAAAACAAAACUUGCCUGAUGCAAGCCUCUCCACUUUCUAUAAGCCCUUCAGGUGAAUUCCUUAAGGACAAAGAAAUUACUAAUUAUGCAUCUAUUGAAAGCAUCCCAAAACAAAGUUCAGAUUUACAGUUGGAUUUUCAUCCUCAUUAUGCAGAGUCUGAGGUAACAAAUAAAAGAAGAGAGUCAGUAUUGAACGACCCUCCAGUGGUAACUGGAGAAGUAGAAGGAAGGCUUUCCCAGGGCAACACGACAUUGAUACCGGGAUGUUUUGGCUCUGCUGUAAAGAAAGAACCUAACUUUACCUGCACCGUACAAGAAAAAUCCUUGCUGUCAUCCUUGUUGUUAGAUCACAAAGAGCAUGGCACGAAUAAAGCGUUGGAAAGCCUUUCCAAGGUACAGGACAUAUCUGGAGAUGUCCUUGUUGAAUCUGAUUGCUAUAAUAAUUCAGCACAGGCUUCUGUAUUAUCUACCUCUUCAGUAUGCAUGGAAAAGAAAGAGAAUUUCACAGAACAUUCAAACGUUAGGCAAAGAUUGGAGAACUUUUGCAGUAAGCAGUCAAUUGAUGACAGUUUAAGGAGAGAGCCUGGAGCAAAUCAACCUCUUCUGUUAGUCCAGUCCAACUCUGAAGAAAUUGAGUCAAAUUCUGAAAUGAAAGAAGACUAUUAUGAGAAUACAGAUAUCUUGUCAUCAGUAAAACAGAUUAGUCAGAAAGACUUGAAAUCAGAAAUGGAUAAAACCAGAAAGUUACCUUUGAAGAAAGAUACCAGGGCAAGUGACAGUUCCCAGGAAGAUGCAAUAGACCAGUGGGCCAGAAGACGGAAACAGUUCAAAGACAGCAAAAAAUGCAGUUCAACUGGAGGGAGCUCCAUAAACAGCACAAUCACUGAGGGAUCAAUAAAUUCAGAGGAUGCUCGAUCAGUAGAUCUGGGACUAUAUUCUGAAAAUGAGGACGGAGGUUUUUAUACAGAAAACUUUCAUUCUGCUUCCUGGGUUUUCAGAGGAGAUGAUGUCUCUCCAGAUAACAGUCCUAGAUGUCUCAGCAAAAGGCCUAGACCAGUAGCAAUUCGAGAAAGAACAGUGAAGAUCGCUAAAGGAACUGGCAAUUACCCUUGGGGUUUCAGGAUCCAGUUCUCAAAGCCUAUCCUUGUGACUGAAGUUGACACAAACAGUGCAGCUGAAGAAGCAGGGCUUCAAGUUGGGGAUAUUCUGAUAGCAGUCAAUGGAACUGAUGUCACCAGCAUGCCACAUUCAGAAGCUGCCAAUCUGGCAAGGAAAGGUCCUGAUAUCCUGACUAUGAUAGUGGGAUCAGAUAUCAGCCGUUACCCCAACACCCCUAAACCUACCUGCCGAGGAUAUCUGCACAAAAGAACACAAUCAGCAAUCCUGAAGGGCUGGAGAAAGAGGUGGUUUGUACUGAAACAUAAUGGUUACCUACACUAUUACAAACACAAGAAGGAUGAAGGGAAGUGCAGACCCCUGGAAGUAACAAAGCUGGAAGGAGCAGAAAUUGGUGUUGACACUAGUCUGGGUAAACCAUUUGUUUUUAAAUGUAUACCUCAAGCUGGAAACAGGAUUUUCUACUUCUGUGCAACUUCCAACCAAGAAAUGAAAAGGUGGCUGGAGGCUAUGGAUAAAGCAGUGCAUCCCAUCCAUCAGAACCAUGUGUGGGUAGAUGUCACACUGCAUAACACUACACUCCCACCAUUGGCUAUUAAGAACCCUGAGUGCCUGGGGCUUCUCCACCAGCUGGACAGGAGCAAAGAUGUCUGGAUUCAGCACUACUGCAUUCUGAAGGAUGGCUGUUUGUACUUUUAUGCCACUCUCCGGUCUACACCUGCCCAAGGUGGCCUUUACCUCCAAGGUUAUACUGUGAGUGAACAGUCUCUGGGCUCCAAGAGAUCUGUAAUUGAACUUAAACCUCCAUCUGAAGAAUUUAAAACUUUUUACUUAUGUGCAGAGAACGUAAAUGAAAACAAAAGGUGGAUUACAGCUUUGAAAGCUUCAAUUAAUAAAUGGUUACCUCUACACCAGGCAAUCCAAGAUUUCAUGAACAGACCACUGGAGGAGACAAGGAUGUGAGAAGAAAGUUCAGUUUUUCCCCUGUUUCUGUUUUGCAUUAAAACAUGCAUAAAUCAUGCUAUAUCUUAUGAGUCAUGUCAAGAGAUAUUCUAGCAGCAGAAUCUUCAGCAUUGCUAUACAUUCAGAAAUUUUGUAAGCAUUAGUAAAUAAAUGCAAAGCAAUGUUGCCUUCUUUGUCACUGUAUUCGGUGUUUCUGCUUCAAUUCAGACCACACAUAGAGUCUGCUUUACACCUGUGACCUGACAUACAUUUUAUAUACAUUUUGUGCUCCCUGCUUGUGGUUUUUUUUAGGUUUUUUUGGUUGGUUUUGUUUGGUUGGUUGGUUGGUUUCGUUUUGGUGGGGUUUUUGUUUGUUUGUUUUGUGUGUUUGUUGGGUUUUCUGGGUUUUGAGGGAUUUUUUGCAAACGCAGUAUUUGCAAAGCAUUCUGCUUUUUAAUUCAGAUGAUUCAUAUGUGGGUUUGCCUAUACAUUUCUAGAUGUUUUGGUGCUUAAGGUUGAGGCAAGCUGGGUUUACUGAAUAGUCAGCAGCUACAUACUAUUACAUGGAAUAUAUCUGUCCAUUUUUGUUGGCCAUUGUUGGGCUAUUAUACAUUCUAUCUUAAGUUUUUAUUUUAUGAUGAUUUUGAUUUGGUCAUCUACCAUCACAUCGCACCACAUUUGUGAAAAGAAAUCAGUUCAAGAAUCAAAGUAUGCUGUUUCCUCCAAAGUUAGCAGUAAGACAGCAGUAUAAAACUGCAUCAGGGAUAUCAGGAUUAGACAUCUGUGGUUAUUACACCUGGUCAUAUACACAGUAUUUCACAUUAUUGUCUGGCAAUUAAGUAACCCCUCCUAUGAAUAGAUCUGAAGAUUCAGUUUCCAAACUUAUCAAAACACUAAUUCAAGUAAAGUUACAAAGGUUAGUUCAAAGUUGCACCCAAUACAAACAAAAAAAAUUGCUAGUCUGUGAAAUUUUAAUUACAAAAGCUGUGAUACGUGCUUUUCUUAUGAUUUUUGGACCUUAAUUGCUUGAACAUGCUAGAAAUCCAGCUACUCACUUGCUGUCACCAUUAGCAUGGAAAAUAUCAAUUGCAAUGCAGAAAAAAGCUAAAAAGCAAGUGGUGCUCCCCCAGCCACCACAAAUAUAUUUUUUAGGAGACAGACUCAUUAACUUUACAUGUUUGAAGCAAUUGUACUUAAAAGAAUGCUGCUGAACUGUUCAAAUUAUUUGCUACAGUGACUUGAGUGAUUUAUUUCAAAAAUAAUACUGGUUACGUAAACAGUGUAAGCAUUUUUUUGAAAACAGGCACCUAACCACAGAUAUGUUGCCAUGUUUGCUUUGUAUAAACCUGUG